CGUAUCUAUCUACUUCUUUUGCCGGUGCUUUGCCACAGCACCGCGCCUCCUCGUCUCUAUAGCAACAUUAAUAAACUUUUGCUCCUCGGUUAACUCGAUGCUUACUCGGAUACAAAAUGGAGCCUUUAACAGCUUCAUAUUAUGGAGCCUUAGAUAAGACUAACCCUGUCAUUUCUGCUUUUGAGAAGGAUUUGAGAGAGUUUAAAUCGUAUAUGAAAAGAAUUGGUGAUUCACUAACCUUCGACCACUUCUCUUAUUCAAGAGGGUCUUUGAAACUGUUUGACAUCUGGAAGAAAUAUGAACCUCGUCUCCCGAGCCCUUAUUACCAGGAGCAUGUGUUGGACAUCGCGGAUUUUCUUUUCGAGAAUAAAUUUUACAGAUUGGCACUGUGGCAGGGAUACACACGCUACCUACACCGAUUCUCUCCUGCUACCUUGGAGAACAUCAGAGAUGUGGAGCAGUUCAAGCAGACCUUCUUCUCACAUGGCUUUCAUGCUGCAGGCGCAAAGCUUACACUCCGGGCUCUGUAUGGGGAAUGCUUGUGUGCUUUUUACUUGGUACGCGAGAGGUGCAAGCAGCCAGAUUGCAUCGGGGUGCAGAAACUGCUAAGCAUUCUAGCGUUUUUGCGAAUCAUGAUGCAGGCCAUCCUGCCUCACGAGAGCCUGUCCUGGAUGGUGUACAAUGGUUCUUUAUACAUCUACAACAUAUGUAGGUUCUUGAUGUCCAUGAGUCACUCUGCACAGGCUCUGGAGUAUUUACUGUGGGCAUGUAUGUGUCUGGAGACAUCCAUCCCACUGCUAAUUCCCAGUUUCCUGCCCUGGAGAGCAACACUGUACUGUAGUGUUUGUGAAUGUUACUAUGAUGGCCAGGCUGCUGUGCAGGCAGAGAUGUUUGCUAGGCGAGCUCUUGGUAAAAUAGAUGAACUAGGGAAGCUGGAGAAGUUGAGUGGGUUCCCAUCAUCACCGGAGACAAAGCGAGCCUUUAAAGAUGCCACCAUCAAAGUUGCAGUCAUGGUGUUUAAACGCUCAGUGUAUGAAUCUCGGAGGAAACGUAAAGGAUUAAUCAGGUUAAAACAGAAGGGCAAUGUCAGGGAUGGCCAGAAUAAUCCAUGGCCACGUACAACAACUGAGCGCAUCCUGAUGGAGCUAUUUGAAGGAAAUGCUGCUCAGUUCCUGGCAGUGUUGGAGGCUCUGUGGGACAGUUCCCGCAGACCCCUGCAGACUGGCACACCGGAUGACCCUGAUUUACAGGAGGUGGCAUUUGAGCUUAUGUCAGCUGGCAUGAGCAUACUAUCCGGAAAUGGUGGCUCCUCCGAUCGAGUCCGCAAUGACAGCUUGCCUUUAUCUUUGAAUGCCCUCACUCCUACUUGCACCCUCAUGGAGAUGGCAAUAGCUGGGGAGAAUCAGAUUUCAGUGGAUGCUGCAGUGAAGUUUGUGAAGCUGUUGUUUAGAUAUGAACAGUGGGAUCUGUUUUGCAGCCUUUCAGACAACCUUGUGACAGUACUCUCUAGCCUGGAGGGACGUCUCUUCCGGAAGGCUGAGCUGGAGCUUACUCUGCUGGAGGCCAUGGAGCGUCUUGUGUCCACUCAAAGACUCCGGCUGGGGACCAGAGACCAUAUGUCUGAGAUUCAAACUGAUAAAGACCAAUCUUUGGGGCUAAUUAGCAUGACAGAUGAGCUCCUAAAUCUGGUCCAGACUCUGCAUGUAUGUGUGUGUGAGGCAGCUCAGGACAUCAGACCGGAUGAGGAUCUGGUGCUGGAUUUUGUACUGUUCCUCUGGGCGAAAUGUAAGAUUGUGUUUCAGAGAGCUCAGACCAGACACUAUGACCCAGUAUGCUACAUGGCCAAAAUGGCCUUUCCGGACAAGUGGGUCCAGACUCUGUUCCUUCUGUGUGAGGUGGCCUAUACGUGUCAGCUGGCUGAUAUAGACCCGGUGGCAGUGGCUGAGAUGACUCUUAGACUGGCCUCAGUGCUGGAGGGCCUUGAAGACUUGCCUCCACUGACCAUUCUAACUAAAGCCAGCAGUCUACGGUCCACCCCUGUAAAGAAAUCUACAGCCACACCUAGUAUGAACUCUCAAGCAGAGCAUCUUGAGGUGGUGUGGACUGUGCUGGAGAAAGGCCUGGAGUGUGUGUCAAGAGGCAGGACUGUAUGUCUCCCUCGUGAUGCGUCUGCCAUCUGUGACACUGUUUACUUACAGGUAGUACUGAACCACACAGUCCACUGUAGCUAGCAUCUCCAAUUAGUGUAGAGUUCACAUGAGAACAAGAACGAAAUAAAUA